AUGAAGACUCCCAAAUCUGUUUCUAAAAAGGCAGAUGCAAGUUUGAAGGACUUCAUUGAUGACUCAGAUGAUUUCUUCUUGGACUUUAAAGUGACAAAGAGCACAACAAAGAAGGAACGGAUAAAGAAACAAAGCACACCCAGAAAACCAGUCUUAGGCACAAGUAAAACUGUCUACCAGCCGAGCACAACAGAAAACAUCAAGCCACCCUGUGAAAAUGCCCAGCCUUUGAAAGGGGAAGGAGUCAAGACACCAAGGCCAAACUCCAUUUCACUUCAAGAAACACCUUCCAGGACAAUGACUUCUGCAAGAAUUCCUGGGAAUGAAUUGGUCAGUUGCUCACAAUCGGCAAAGACAGAGAAAAGGGUCAGGGUGUGCUCGGUCCCUGGUUGUCUCUUGCAAGAGCUCUCAAAUCCAGCUUCCCACUAUGUGAAGUAUUUCAAGAAGAAUAAAGAGGAGCUGGCAGAGAAGCUCUACCGUCUGUAUAACAGAACCAUCUUCGAGCAGAAGUUACCAGAGAAAAUGGUAAUAAUCUGGAAUAAGAAAAUGAGAAAAACAGCAGGAUAUUGUGUAACUGGGCAGACAGAAGGUCCUGAAGCAAAGCGUUAUGCUCGGAUAGAACUUUCUGAGAAAGUCUGUGACUCUGCAGAUCGCCUUCGAGACACGCUAAUUCAUGAGGCUUGCCAUGCAGCCACCUGGCUGAUCAAUGGAGUUCGUGAUGGACACGGGCGAUUCUGGAGAUUCUAUGCCAAUAAAUCAGCUGUGAUUCAUCCAGAACUGCCAGUGGUAACACGAUGCCAUAGCUAUGAGAUUAAUUACAAAUUCAUCUACGAGUGUGUUCUGUGCAAAGCUACGAUCGGCCGUCAUUCCAAGUCCCUGGACACAGAGCGCUUCGUGUGUGCGUUCUGCGGGGGGCGGCUGGUCCUGAGUCAGCCCGCUCGGAAGGGUGACACCCCUGCCAGGCCGCCUCUAACGCCCUUUGCAAAGUAUGUGAAAGAAAACUACGGACUGGCUAAGAGAGAGCAGCGUGGGCAGAGUCACGCCGAAGUCAUGCGGAAACUCAGUGCUGAUUUUGCUUUGAAAACUAGGCUUCAAGAUUCUCUCUAA